AUGCUUUUGCGUUUUGACAGACACGAAAAACGUCUUCAAUCCACUACAACGACUGAUGCAAUCACAGUCUUCUUCUACACCGUAAAUGACGGUGGUGUGAACCUACUGGGAUGCAAUGACGAGGAAUCAGUUUCCUUUUUGAAUAAUAAAAAUGCAAGGGGAGUUAGUGGUGAAAUAUUCAGUAGAAAUGAAAGGGUGUUUUGCAGCCUGGGAAAAAUAGAACUAGGAAAACAGAAAAAUGCAAGAGACGAGUUGGCUGCAUGGAGCAUACAGAGCAGUAUGGGCCCACUCUACAAACACGUAUCAACGUACCACAACGGUUCCUCGGUCUCAUUCACUCCAUUUGGGAUGGUUGAAGAGUGCUAUUUUGGAUUCAUUCUGGCUUCCUACAAAUACGACCAUUUGCUCAAGGAGAAUGAAGAUGAGACACAUUUCAGCCUUGUUGUGCCUGAGGAAUACACUGAAAUAGCCACUGUGGCACACAGCCAGAACAAGGCGAGAUUCCUGGGAGACACUCCUUCCAAUCUGCUUACGCCUACGACAUUUUGUGAAUACGCCCAUGAAAUAUUCAGGGGACUUGACAAAAUUGAAAUUGUGGUAGUGGAAGAAGAGAGGUGUCGAGAAAUGGGAAUGAAUCUGAUGCUGUCAGUUGGAAAUGGAUCAGCUGAGCCAUCGAAGUUGCUGACUGUGAAGUACAGCGGUGACUCAAGCACGACCAGACACAAAUUGGCCAUGGUUGGAAAAGGCGUCGUCUUUGACUCAGGUGGAAUCAGCCUGAAACCAUCAAAGGACAUGCACAGGCAGAAGAUGGACAUGAUGGGCGGGGCCACGAUGCUCCUGUCUCUGCAUGCAGCAGCAAGAAUGAAUCUGCCUAUAAAUGCAACCUGUACAGUUCCACUGGUUGAGAAUAUGCCUGGAUCAAAGGCAACAAAUCCAGGAGAUAUUUUUAAGGCAGCAAAUGGAAUCCACGUUGAGGUGGGAAACACCGAUGCAGAAGGACGCCUCAUUCUGGCUGAUGCACUGUGGUACGCCCAGAAUUGCUACGGCGAGAGCCCCGAGUUUCUGAUUGACGCAGCCACGUUGACUGGUGCAAUUAAAGUGGCAUUGGGCAGAAUAUUCGGUGGAUUCUUCACCAAUUCAGAGGCAUUUUCUGAUCUGAUUUCUGGAGCAGCAGAACGAGGAAGCGAGUUGAUGUGGAGAAUGCCACUCUCUGCCUACUAUCGGAAGCAGUUGGAUUCACCAGUUGCAGACUGCAACAACGUGGGUGGCCCAAUGGCUGGUGCAUCCACAGCUGGUGAGUUUCUGUACCAAUUUGUGGAAUGUGAGAAGUGGGCGCAUUUUGACAUUGCGUGUCUGAAGGACGAGAGCCACAUGGGCGCAGUCUACGGAAGAGGAGCCACUGGGAGACCAAUUCGUGCAUUUUACGAAAUCGUAAGGGCUCUUUCUAACAAUUAA